UUGAAGUCCAGAGGAAAACGCCGACUUACAAAAUUCAGCUCAAGUAACCUCUGCUGCGGAUCGUUGUUUCGAUCUCAGAUAGAGCGCCGGCCGGAGGGGGAAAGCGGGGAAGAUACACGGAAACCCUAGAUUUUUGUUGAAUCGUUUCUUAUUCUUUUCUAUAGGGUCUGACUUCUCGUCCUCCGAUUUCGUGACCCUCGAUUCAUUCCCCAAUUAGAUGGAGAUCCUCAAUAAGCUCAAGAAUUUUGACGCAUAUCCCAAGAUCAAAGAUGAUUUCUAUGAUAGGACCCGAUCCGGAGGUCUUAUCACGGUCAUCUCCUCCGUUAUCAUACUUCUCCUUUUCAUAUCCGAAAUUAGAUUAUAUUUUUAUUCAGCAACCGAGACAAAGCUGAUAGUUGAUACAUCAAGAGGGGAAAGGCUUCGUGUCAAUUUUGAUAUCACGUUUCCACAUCUUGCUUGCUCAAUUGUCAGCGUUGAUACUGUGGAUGUUAGUGGGGAGCAACACUAUGAUAUAACUCACGAUAUAGUGAAAACAAGAAUUGAUCACACUGGUAAGGUGAUUGGAUCAAGACAGGAUGGUGUAGGCGCCCCAAAGAUUGAAAGACCUUUGCAGAGGCAUGGUGGAAGACUUGAGCAUGGUGAGAGUUACUGUGGGUCAUGUUUUGGUGCUGAGAAGUCAGAUGAUCAUUGCUGUAAUUCAUGUGAAGAAGUUCAGGAGGCAUAUAGAAGUAGAGGUUGGGCUCUAACAAAUCAGGAUCUGAUCGAUCAGUGCAAGAGAGAGGGCUUUGUUCGAAAGAUUAAAGAGGAAACGGGUGAAGGAUGCAACAUAAAGGGCUUCUUGGAAGUCAGCAAAGUAGCUGGAAACUUCCACUUUGCUUGUGGAAAGAGCUUCCACCACCCUAACCUUGUUGUGCCAGAGAUAUUGGACUUGCAACUUGGAAGCUUCAAUAUCAGUCACUCAAUAAAUCACCUCUCAUUUGGAAAGGAGUUUCCAGGUGUUGUAAACCCGCUUGAUGGUGCACGAUGGAAAGAACCAGGGUUGUCUGGGAUAUAUCAAUAUUUCAUCAAAGUCGUCCCUACAAUCUACAGAGAUAUCAGAGGACGGAAGAUCCACUCCAACCAGUUUUCGGUGACAGAGCAUUACAGAGAUGGAAAUGUUUUUCCUAGGUCACCAGCAGGGAUAUACUUCUAUUAUGACUUCUCUCCUAUCAAGGUCAUCUUCACAGAAGAAGACAAAUCAUUGCUGCACUUUUUGACCAGCGUCUGUGCCAUAAUUGGAGGUGUUUUCACUGUGGCUGGUAUUCUUGAUUCUUUCGUCUAUCACGGCCAGCGAGCCAUUAAGAAGAAACAAGAGCUUGGAAAGUACAGGUGAUGGAGAAGGAGCACCGGCAGUAACAGUAAUAAGGUGACGAGUAUUUAAAUUUUGUAACUCUUGAUACUGCAACUUACAUUUCUGAACGUAGUUUUUGAAAUUUGUGUCAGUUUUUUCAGGAACAAUGCAUGCUUAAUUUAUGUUUUUUUUUAUAUAAUUUUUAUUCUUGUU